GAAAGACUGCAGUCACACAUAGAGAGAGAGAGAGAGAGAGACAGAGACAGAGAGCUCCCAUAGCACUGACGAACGGCAGAGCAAAAGCGACUCUUCAUUGCUAACUCCCGCCUGCGUGCAGUCGACGUAACUUUUCCCCAAAAAAAGCAACUCCCCUUCGGAUGUGUAGGUUGUGUCCUUUGUCCACAGUUCGGGCUCGUCGCUGGGUGUAUUUGACGCCUGCUACGUUAGUAGCUGGGACAACCAAACGAGAUGGGGGCGAAGUAGGUGGCUCGCCAGAUAAGAGUGAAGGUUGGACUGUCUGUACUGCAGUGGCGGUGGGAAGCCUUGGUUGUGGUAUGCGGGACUAAGUAGCUAGGAAGCAAGGAUACGAGUGAAGAAGGAAAACGCUGAGUUAAGUGUAACGGCAUUCUCGCCUGCUGUGAAGUGAAUGUUUGAACUUGCAGUGUGUUUUAUACACGACUGCUACCUGGUUGCUAGCUAGAAGCUACAUUGAACACAGAGAGAGAGAGAGAGAGAGGGAGAGAGAGAGAGGGAGAAACUUUCCAGCCUGACGCAGAACCGCAGACAUGCAGUUGACAGAGAUCCUUGGUUCAGGAACCUUCCUGAUUCUGCUCCUUGUCUCGUGGUCCGACAGCCUUUCCUUGUCCCCGGAAGAAGCUAACCAGUUCUUGAGGAGACACAGGAGAGCGAAUCACGUUUUCGAGGAGACGAAACAAGGGCACCUGGAGCGAGAGUGUGUGGAAGAGAAGUGUAGUAAAGAGGAGGCGAGAGAAGUAUUCGAGAAUGACCCUGAAACAGACUACUUCUUUCCAAAGUACUUAGCGUGCAUGGAGAAGUUUGGGGACACGGACAAGAAACAAGACCUGAUCACCUGUGUUCACAAUAUUCCAGACCAGUGCUCUCCAUCUCCCUGUAAUCCUCGAGGUACGGUGCGCUGUGAGGACCAAAAGGGCGACUUCCUCUGCCACUGCUUCACUGGCUGGACAGGAGUCCGUUGUGAGAAAGAUGUCAACGAGUGCAUCAAGAAGAAUGGAGGAUGUAACCACGAGUGUAACAACACUAUGGGUAGCUACCAUUGCUCCUGUCACCGCGGUUACAUGCUGGUCGGACCCCAGAGGUGUAACGACGUGAAUGAGUGCCAGGAUCCAGGUAUGUGUGGGACAGCGAGGUGUGUGAACCAGGAUGGAGCCUAUGACUGUCUGUGUGAGACGGGAUAUGUUUACGACAACAACACCAAGACCUGCCUAGAUGUGGACGAGUGUGAGCAGGGAGUGUGUGAGGAGUGUGUGAACACACCCGGUAGUUUCCGGUGUUUCUGUGACGGUCGGCAGGGCAAGAAGUUGAGCCACGACCUCAGGAGCUGUCAGGAGAUCACUACAUGCGUCUCUCUCACCAUGAAGAGGAACUCCCGUUCUCUCUACCUGGGCCGAAUGUUCAGCGGAGUCCCAGUGGUCAGGCUACGCUUCCGUAGGAGAGUCCAGACUGGCUUCUCAGCUGAGUUUGACCUCCGUACCUUUGACCCAGAGGGGGUCAUCUUCUUCGCUGGUGGUCACCUGAACAGUUCUUGGAUUGUUCUUGCAAUGCAUCAUGGGAAACUGGAGCUGCAGCUGAGGUACGGGGCGGUCAGCCGGGUCACCAGCAGCGGGCCUGCCGUCAACGACGGACAGUGGAGAAAGAUCUCAGUGGAGGAGCAGGGGCGGAGUCUGGUGAUUAAGAUUGACAGGGAGGCAGUGAUGAAGAUAGCUGUGAAUGGAGAUCUGUUCACCCUGAAGAAAGGCAUGCAUGAACUCAACCUGACUGUAGGGGGCGUCCCUUUCAAAGAGGACAGUCUCAUCAACCAGGUGAACCCGAGGUUUGAUGGCUGUAUGCGUGAGUGGCGCUGGUUAACCGGAGAGGAUACGUCCAUUCAGGAGACCAUCAGGUCUAAUGACAACAUGCAGUGUUUCAGUACAGAAAACCCCGGAACCUAUUACCCUGGGACAGGCUUCGCUCUGUUCAACAUCACAUACGCAGAGUCCCAGUCUCUGAGUAUCCAGCUGACUCUGAGACCAGCCUCCACUGUUGGGGUUCUCUUGGCCCUGGUUUAUCAGGACAGCGUCCCUCUCUCCAUCUCUCUCUCCGACUACCACAGAGACAACCAGGAGUGGCGGGAGUAUGUCCUGGUCUCUGUGGGUGAUGUGAUCGUGGCCAGCGCCCCGGCCUUCCUGUGUGAUGCAGAGGUUCAUGAGGUCAAUGUGACGGUCAGUGGGAACCUGACCAUACUAGAGGUGGACGGUCAGCCUGGACAGAGUCACACCACACCUGGACAGGAGACGGUUGACCUCAGCCUGCCUUCAACCACCUUUAUAGGAGGGCUCCCCGACGUGCCCCUGGUGUCGACCCUGGUGUCGUCGUUCUACAGCGGCUGCAUGGAGGUGACGAUCAACGGCCUGGCUCUGGACCUGGACGAGGCCUUCCACAAACACAACGACAUCCGCUCCCACUCCUGUCCUCUGCUGGGGGGGGCCUUGUGACCGCUGCAGUCCCCUUCAGCCCCGUCCUCACUGGAGCAGGGGGGAGUUGCCCCUAGACACUGAUCUUGGGUCAGUUUGACAUUUCCCCAACAGGAUUAGGGGGAAUGGAAGCUGAUCCUAGAUCUGUAGCAAGGGGAGACUUCACCCUGUCCACUACAGUCCACCAUAACCCACAGGGCCUUAACCUAAGCACGGACUGAGUCCCAAAUAGCACUCUAUUCCCUAUGUGACCCCUAUGGGUUCUGGUCAAAACUAGUGCACUAUUUAGGGAAUAGGGUGCCAUUUGGAAUGUACCCAGGAGCUGGCCGAGUGGCCAACCCUUCUGCUGACCAACUCUCAGUCAUUCUGCCCUCAGCGUGAUUGAAUGUAGGAGCAGCACUCUCACAUCUGAGGUUGCAGGUGCGUAGGAAAAUUCAGUGAUAUCUCAAAAACAAAAAUCCAAUAUUUCACACGGCUCUUUCACACAGUAUGUUUUAGUGUAAUGAGCUUAUGUAUCGGCCUCACGGCCUUCGUCAGAGCUCACGGCCUUCGUCAGAGCUCACGGCCUUCGUCAGAGCUCACAGUGAUCAAACUGGAUCCAUAAGUGGAAUAACUGGCAGUACUCCAGAAGAGGUUUGGUCAACUGACCCAGUCCAUUGUGGAACAAACCCUAUAAGGUGUGUGGGGGUGUAAUUCAGUAGCACAAGGCUUUGUUGUUGUAAAACUUGCACACCAUCGCAGGUGAAAAUGGACUGAGUUUAAUAAAAACAUCUGUUCGGUGCUUUUCCAACUUACUGCAAACUUAGUCUACCUGCAAUUUAGCUCUGCACACUGCCUACAGAUUACAGCAUAGGGCCUUCUGUUAAUAUGACCCCAUUAAAGACCCUUCCUUCCCCUCCCAAACCAUGCUUCUAGUCCUCCACAGUUACAUCCACCCCACCGUCAGCCAAUGAAACACUCCAAUACUGUCCCCCUUUCACAUGCCCCGCCCUCCUUCCCUCAGUAUCACCAAUCAGCACAUGCCAGGAACACACUUUAAGCCAAUCAGACGAGGCUAAUUAACAUGCAGUAACCAAUCAGACACACUGGGAAGGGCAUCAAGAGCACUGCUUCACCCCACUGAGCUACUGAGAGAAUAGGAGUGGAAGUGUUGUAAUAUACUGUAUGUGUAAAUAAUGUGAUGCUUUUUAGAAAAAAAAGACAAAAGGAAACAAAUAAAGACCUGAACACAUUGAGAUAAUCACCCAAAACAGUUCCACUUCUCUACAGAAUGUCAGAACAAACAUCAUCAUCAUUUCAUUAGGCCAGAAAGGGCUACAGUAUUUCCUCCUCUGGGAUCGAGAGUUUCUGAUGAGUUUCACAAUGGAGCGAUCGAUGGUUUUCUCCUCUGUGUUGUGUGUUUAUUAUACUAUAGGUUUGUUUGGCUGCUGAUUUGUUCUCCUGUCUUUAAGUCUUUACAUCCCUGAUCACAUCAAUUCAGUCUGAUUUGAAAACGUAAUAAAGAUGAUGACAUGGGAGUUUUAAAA